AUUAGUUUUUUUCGAACUCAAAAAUUUAUGAUUUAUUAAUUGGUGGGUUACAUUAUCAUUUCAAAGAAGAAUGAUAAUAAUUAUACUAAUACAAACAUUAAUGCAAUUUUUAUGCUAAAUAAAAAUAUAAACUGUAGCCAAAACAAAAGACCGGCAACAACACUGGAGCCAUGGAGAGUGGAAUAACAGUGACAGAGCUCCAAAGGAACUCUACAAACGGGGCUAAUAUUGUGAGAGAAAUUGUGAAGAUGGAGAGAAAGAUAUUCCCAAAACACGAAUCACUUGCUGGAUUUUUUGACGAGGAGCUCAAAAAGAAAAAUUCUGGUUUGCUUUAUGUGGAGCUCAAUAGUGAAGUUAUAGGAUAUGUUAUGUACUCUUGGCCCUCUUCUUUGUGUGCCUCUAUCACAAAGCUUGCAGUGAAGGAGAAUUACAGGAAGCAAGGCUUUGGAGAGGCACUGCUGAAGGCAGCAAUUGAGAAAUGCAGAACAAGAAAAGCGCGCCGCAUAUCAUUACAUGUCGAUCCAUUGAGGACUUCAGCCAUGAGUCUAUACAAGAAGCUUGGUUUUCAAGUUGAUGCUUUAAUACAAAGUUAUUACUCUUCAGAACGUAAUGCCUAUAGAAUGUACUUGGAUUCUGAUUAGCGUGAGGAGACUCUGGACAUCGAAAUUUGCAAGAAAAUGGUUUUGUACAAGUUAAGGUAUUCUCCAUUGUUAAAAAUAUUUUUGUCUAAGAAGAAAGAAAAGUUUGAAGUUGAUGCUUUGAUACAGAGUUAUUACUCUUCAGACUGUAAUGCCUAUAGAAUGUACUUGGAUUUUGAUUCUGGUUAGUGUCAGGAGACUCUGGAGGAUUUGGACCCGUGAUAUUUUGACCCAAAACAAGGGCGCUACCAAGCUGCACUACAUCCCUGUCAAUUGAUCUACGGUGUCAUUGUAGAGAAUCUCUGCGUUAUUCUCCACCAAUGCUUACAUCUCUAUCAAUUGGUCUACGGUAUCGUUGUAGAGAAUUCCUGCAUUGUUUUUCACAUGGUUAUUUUUCUAUUAUAUAAAAUUUCUCUUGCCAUUUCA